AUGAACCAUAUUCUACGGCCCCUGCUGGACGAGUGCGUAGUGGUGUACCUGGACGAUAUCCUCAUCUACUCCAAGAACAUGAAGGAGCACGUGGAGCAUCUGCGGAAGGUGUUCGAGAUCCUGCGGAAAAACAAGUUCUACGUGAAGCUGUCGAAGAGCGACUUCGCCUUGAAGAAGGUGCAGUUUCUCGGGCACAUGGUGAGUGCCGAGGGCGUACACGUGGACCCGCGGAAGAUCGAAGCCGUCAAGAAGUGGAAAGUUCCGGAGAACGUGAAGGAGUUGCAGCAGUUCCUAGGAUUCGCCAACUACUACAACAGGUUCGUGCCACAGUACGCUAAGAUUGCAGCGCCACUGACCGACCUACUGAAAAAGGAUACGCCCUUCAAAUGGGAUACUCCGCAUCAGCAAGCCAUGGAACAGCUACAGACAGCACUGACCACAGCCCCAAUCCUAUUGGAGGAGUUCCACGACGUACCAUACGCGGGACAUUUCGGGAGCAACAAGACAUUAGCGGGAAUAGCGAAGUAUUACUACUGGCCCCGGAUGGCAGCAGAUGUGCAGCAGUUCGUCACCUCCUGCGACACGUGCCAGCGGAUGAAGAGCAGCAAGCAGAAGAAAGCAGGGUUACUUCAGCCUCUACCCGUACCGGAGCAGCCAUGGCAGGUCGUUAGUCUCGACUUCAUCACAGGACUUCCCUCGACCUCACGGGGACAUGAUUCCAUCCUCGUAGUCAUCGAUAAGUUCUCCAAAAUGGGGCACUUCCUACCGACCAACGCCACCGCCACAGCAGAAGCAACUGCUCGCCUCUUCUUCGACCGCAUCAUCACCAUCCACGGCAUCCCCACUACACUCAUCUCAGACAGAGACCCAAAAUUCACCAGUAAGUUUUGGAAGGAGCUCAUGGGAUUAUUGGGGACUAAACUUGCGAUGUCCUCAGCAUACCACCCACAGACUAACGGACAGACAGAGCGACUCAAUCAAGUGGUUGAACAGUUACUGCGCACAGCUUGCAAGGACGACGUCAGCCACUGGGACACACAGUUACCGACCCUAGAGUUCGCUUACAACAACGCGUCACAUGCGGCCACAGGGAAAACUCCUUUCUUCCUGUGUUACGGACGGGAACCACUCACACCACAGCAGCCUACCACACCGGCACACGUCCAAGCCGCACAUGACUUCGUCACCACCAUGCAGCAGCUAUGGGAGAAGACUCAGCGACGACUCACCACGAUGCAGACCUCCCAGAAGCAGUAUGCCGAUCGUCAGCGACGUGAUCACUCAGUAGCAGUCGGAGAUCAGGUGCUUCUUGACACGCGCAACUUGAACCUGUCUCACCUCCCAUCCAAACUCCGGCCUCGCUUCUGUGGUCCUUUUCUCGUUGAGGCACAGGUGACACCAGUUACAUUCCGCUUGCGCUUACCAGAUGCGUGGAAGCUUCACAAUGCUUUCCAUGUGCAGCUACUGAAACCCUACAAGGACCCCAACCAACAGUUCCAGGGACGGCAGCUACCGCCACCUCCACCUGUUCUUGUGCAGGACGAAACCGAGUACGAGAUUGAGCGCGUCCUCUCUCAUCGGCGCCGCGGCGGCAGGACCCUCGAGUUCCUGAUACGCUGGAAGGGAUACGACCCCACUGAGGACAGUUGGGUUGCAGAAGCUGAUAUGGGCAACGCACGCCGUGCUCUCAAGGACUAUCUUGUCAAGCAGGGUGUAUCUCACGCCACCCUGCUUUGA